AACAUCAUAACUCAUAAUUAUUGUAUUCUCAUUCCGGAUAGCAGCGAAAAAGUUACUCGAAUUUCGACUCCUGAAAUUUUGAAAUUGUAUUUUUCGAAAUGAGGUCAAUUCUGUUCAUAAUGUUGAUUGUUAAGUUAACAGUAGAGGCUAAAGAUGGCAACUGUGGAGUUAUCCCCAUCACCAAAUGGGGCGGUUCUCCCCUCCUCCGAGAAGAGACCCUGGCGAACCCAGUGGACAUCGUGGUGAUUCAGCACACAGUCGUACCAGAAUGUGUGAGUGAUGAAGACUGUGAGAAGGCGGCCAAUGGCAUCAGGAGUUACCAUAUUAGUAAGAGAGGAUUUACCGAUAUUGGACAAUCGUUCCUAAUUGGUGGUAAUGGGAGGGUGUACGAAGGAGCUGGCUGGCAUCAUGUUGGCGCACACACUUUGGGGUACAACAGAAGAGCUGUUGGGAUUUCGUUCAUUGGAGAUUUUAGAACAAAAAUACCAUCACCUCUAGCUUUAAAAGCCCUUCGAAGCCUCCUAGCCUGUGGGGUCCAGAACAAAUACUUGGCUGAAGACUAUUACCUAGUAGGUCAUAGGCAGCUAUCCCAAACCGACAGUCCUGGAGAGAUGCUGCAAAAGCAUGUGGAAAUGUGGCCUCAUUGGUUGGACCAUGCUAAAGAGGUCUUGAACUAAGGAGUAUUAGAGCAGGACGCCACCAAAGCGUUUAAUUCUAUUGGUUAUUUAAAAACAUAUCUGAUCAGCUGCAUUUUAGUGGAGUCUGGUUCUAGGGCCAGAAGUUAAUCAGGAAAGAUUCGUUUUCCUUACGGGCGGUAACUGUUCACAAAUAUCUUAAAAAAAAACGGCCGUUCCUAUUUAUCUAUGUCCCUGUUGUUUUCAGUACUUGAAAUAGGAAAAUGGGGAUAAUUUCAAACUUUUCUUAUGUCAAAAAACUACACUCCGCAACUGAAACGCAUCGUUUCAUUUUAUAGAGAAUUAAGCUCAGCUUUCCUUUCAAUUAUUUGACCUUUGAUCAGACUGCAUCUUUUUGUGUGUCUUUCUAUAACUACAUAAAAAAAUUUGUUUACUGGUGUAUUGGAGUUUCCACUUCUAUGACGGUAUUUUUGCACGUGUCUGCAGUCUGAAGAUCAAAUAUUCCACAUUUGGUGUGCUCAUUAAAGGUUAAAAGUCCAAAGAUCUAAAAUUGAUUGAAGUUUGUAGCGAAAUUCCAGUUUUUUUCUUUCUGUUGUAUUGGAUACCCUCCUUUAUUUAUUAUUUGCUUAACAUGUGUUUUUCCGCCAUUCUAUUAAUAGAUACGUUUGCGGUUUUGCUAGUUAUUUAUUUUAAUUAUAUUUGAUACAAAAAUAGAAAUCGGAAGAGGUUGGUGCUCUAUAAUUUAUUUAUACUUAUUGCACGCCACUCUGUUAAUAAUUAAGUAAGUUAGAACGUACGAAGUAAUCUUGUACAAGUUCUAUUAGAAAGGUAUAAAUAAUUACUGUUAUAAAUUACAAAUUUUCUAAGCUGAAAUCCGUUUUGAGUUUUAAGGAAUUACUAAGUUGAUUUAAAAGAUAUUUCUGUGUUAAA